AAAUCUCUAAAGCUGGUGCGAAUAAAGUAAAACAUGGCUCUUAAAAGAAUUAAUAAAGAACUCCAAGACAUGUCAAAAGACCCUCCAGCUGGUUGUUCUGCUGGACCUGUUGGUGAUGAUUUAUUUCAUUGGCAAGCAACUAUCAUGGGACCUCCGGACAGCCCAUAUCAAGGUGGUGUGUUCUUUCUCACGAUACAUUUCCCCACUGAUUACCCAUUCAAACCACCAAAACUUGCCUUCACGACUAGAAUAUACCACCCGAACAUAAACAGCAAUGGAAGCAUCUGCUUGGAUAUAUUACGAUCACAGUGGUCGCCAGCACUCACAAUUAGCAAAGUUUUACUUUCAAUUUGUUCACUGUUGACGGAUCCAAACCCUGAUGACCCUCUUGUACCAGAGAUUGCUCGCAUGUACAAAACGGACAAAGAGCGGUAUAACCAAAUGGCGAAGGACUGGACCCACAAGUACGCCAUGUAGUGAUUGAUGUUCCCGCACGUCUCAUCUACGACAUGUUAUUUAAUUCAUAUGAUAUAGUAGUGAUGAUUUAUUUCUAUCUAUAUGUAUUCAUAUAAUUGACGUCAUGGAAUAUACAUUAUAUUAUAAUCAUUGAGGUUCAAAAUGUGUUAUGCUUUUUGAUUGGUUUAAUUUUAUUGUGACGUUGUUCGGUAGGUAUAGGCUGAUAGUAAUUUCUAAUAUAUAUAUAUAUAUAUAUAUAUAUAAGUUAUAAUACCUGGUUUAUACGAUUUGGUUUAUUGGUAAUAUAAGCUGGAACAGAAUUGGUGUGGCAAACGAUGAUAACCUAUUUUUCACUCAGUUUUCUGGCAUUGUUAUAAUUUAUUUAUAUAGUUUUGUUCGGUUAAACAUAAAUUUUUUAAUUCUGUUUUCUUGGUUUCAGAUGCGAUAUUUUAUUAGUCACUUCGUUAAAUUGAAGAGAUCACAAAAUGACUUGUAUACCCUCGGUGUAAAAGAUGAAUGAACAUAUGAAAUAGUGCUGUUGUAAUAUCGGUUUCAAUUCGUUCAGCUGAGUUUGACUUCAAAUUUGCACACAACUGAAUUAACGGCUAGCUUGUUAAUAACACAUUGUUAUAAAUUCGAUGGGGUUUUUCUCUUAUAGGAUAAUCAAAUUCGGUGUUUCUGCGUUAAGUUGAAGGGAAUGAGGAAGUUGAGUGGAAGCACCUUCGUUCUAGGAGCAUUACUUUAUAAAUAUUUUUUAAGGUUUUUAAAUUUAAAGACCAAACAUUAAAUUUAUUUAGCAAUUAUUUUUGAACAUUAUAUAAAACUUUAUUAUUAUUAUUAUUUAUCAAAUAUGUGUCGCUAUCUAUAUGGUAUACAUAAAGUCAUACAACGUAUUUAUGUACUUCUGUAUAUAUUGGACACAUUUUAAUAUAUUUUUUAGAAUGUAUUAUUCUGGAUUGUAAACCCUGUUUAUGCGUUAACUGGAAUUUCUAUUACAAAUAAAAUGAACCCUUCGUGAAU